AUGUACGAUAAUCGAUUUACUAGCCGUCUAUACAACUACCCUUACCAAUCUCAGGCCCUUACAGCUCCUGGAAAGACGCCUGAUACCGUCAAGUCUACUCCUCCACUGGAAUCAGACAACAUCGCUAUGCUCAACAGAGACCAUAGGGUCGACAUAAUGACAACAACCCGCGGCUCCAUUCGUGUGUCACCACGGACACUCACAAUCACACCUCCAAGACCCGCCUCACCAACCUCAUCCGACACCGAUAGUGAGUGCUUGGACGAUGGCUCUGAUUCCCCAUGCUCCUUCACUGGCGAAGAGUGCCCCGACUUAUGCGGAGGUCCUAAGAAUUCGUGCAGAAGCUGGACUCCUCCUGCCUCCCCUUUCUAUUACACCAAUGAAAGUGGGAUCUUCCUCCUGGACGAUCGUCAGGGUUACGAAGAGAGGCAGAAGAUUGAACUAGAGCAUACGCUGCUUGACUUGGCUACAAGCCUACAACGGCUGAGGGAGACCAUGUCACCCCCAAGGUUCUUGAGUCGGCUUCAUGAAUUCGAAGGAUUGACACCAUCGUCUCGUACUGGAAUGUCUCACGGGCCCAGCGAAGAGUUCCCACGGUCACCAACCAAAAGCCUCGCGGAACACUUUCGCGUUACGGCAACUUCUCCUGGACCGUCGUGCCCCUGUGAUUGUGCCGGUACCCCAUGCCGCCGCAAGCUUUCUCCAACACAAAGCGCUUCCACAGAUCUACUACACCAAUCAACGAAUACCCAGGAGAAGGACGAGUUUGGGACUGCGGACCUUGGAAAGCUCAUACAAGCCAGCUUACAACAUGUCCAAUCGACCAACUCGCCCCCAAAAUUCCUCGCCAGCGUGUCUGAAAUUGAGGCCCAGCCUCUGCUCGGAAAGCAAAUCACCAUUCCGAAUUCACACGAACAGCUGCGUGACGAGGCUUUCUUAGUGAGGGAUGCCUCGCCACAGCUACACCUCGAGAAUACAGCGUACCCGACUCCACUUCCAAGCUCUCCGGAAUCGAAGCCGAGUCGGAAGAGGGGACGGGAUGAAAGCUCCCAAGAGAGUAGCGGCCGUAAGAGGCGCCGCGGAGAGGAUGAUGAAUCAAACCCACUUUCCUCCCAGAGCUCUGUCCUCGACCAUCAGAACGUCAAGCAGCUACUUCAAACCCCCGGCUUCCAUCUCGAUCUUCCCACCACCAUCGCCAACUCUCUAGUCGAGAAACCGCAAACAUUCCACACCCUCUCCAAACGGCGCGUCCCAAGCCGGCCCCCAGGAACCAUCCCUUUCAGCGCCCAGCCUUCCUCAACCUACGUCUUCCGCUUCUACAAAUUCACCUACGUCAUCAGUUCCGACCACCUCACGUCCCAAAAAACCAGACUCAACAUCUGGAUGCAGAACUUCUUCUGCGAGUUCCUCGCCGCCUCUCUCCUUGGCAUCGAGCUGCAACCCCGGCGGCGCAUACUCCUGCGCGCGGGACAGCUGACGCUGAACCUGCAGUCUGUCGUCGGUGUGCUGAGUCAGGAGAUUGUGACGGCGGUGGUGAAGAGGUUAGGACGGAUGGCGACGGAAGGAUUGACGGCGUUUUUUCCAGCGGGCGAGGUGGUGCAGGUGGGGGCCGGGGUGAGGGUGUUGUUCGCGGUUGGGGUGGAGUUGAGAGGAGCCGUGGAGUUGGGCUUGUGA